AUGGCCCUUCUAAAUGGAAACAGUUGGGAGGAGUGCAACCUGUCAGGACAGAAGCUGAAGUCCCUCCCUCGGGAUCUUUUCACGCAGGCUAGACGUGUGGAUUUGCAGAGAAACAAACUGAAAUGGGUCACCGGCAUCUCCAGAUUCACCCACCUGACAAAGCUCAAUCUCUCCAGGAACAAGAUAAUAGAGUUUCCUCAGGAGAUGCGCAACCUGCACAGACUAGAGAUGCUCUACAUGAACCACAACAACAUCAGAGCCAUUCCAGAGGGAGUCUUUCCACAUCUGAGCAGGUUAAAGUUCCUAAAACUGAGCAACAAUCGCUUGGCCAACCUUCCUUCAGAUAUAAACCAAUGCACGGGAAUCACUUACCUGGACUUUUCCAGGAACUGCCUUCAGAACAUACAACCACUAGUUGGUCUCCCAAAGCUGAAAGAGCUUUUGGUCGAGAAGAACCAGCUUACGGAGCUGCCGUCCCAGCUCUUCCAGAACCGUAGCUGUGAGCUGACCGUGUGCAAGGCCACGGGGAAUCCACUCAGGUGUCCACCAGAGGAGGUCUGUGCUGGAGGGGUCAUGGACAUCCAGAGCUAUUUCUGUCAAAUGGAGGAGGAGCCAAACACACGCAGCGCCUGGACAGUCAAGACCAUGUUCCUGGGCUCCUCCAUGGCAGGGAAGUCCACGCUCUGCCGCAGCCUGAGGCAAGGCAAGCCCGUGGCGGUGGCACCGCAGGACCGGACCGAGGGGAUCGAGAUCAGUCAGCUGUACGCCCAGGAAGUCCGUUUCCUCUUCUGGGACUUUGCAGGGCAGGAGGAGUACUACCUGACACACCACGUCUUCAUCACACCACGAGCCCUCGUCAUUCUUACUUUUGAUUUAGCCAGCUACAGCAUUGUAGACCCGCAGUCUUUCAAAGACCAAGUGUGGUUCUGGAUAAACAACAUACAACUGCGUGUGCCAGACUCAGUGGUCCUGCUGGUGGGGACACACUGCGACCAGUGCAGAGACCAGGAGGAGGUGAUGGAGAAGAAGAAAGACAUCGAGGAGAAGGUCAGAGUCAUGCUGGCCAACAGGAAGACGGUUUUGAAACAUCAGAAGAAAAAUCUUGAAGAAAACAUGGAUGUCUCUCUCUUUAUGGACCAGCUGGAUGAGCUGGACUGCCUUCUGGAAUCUAAUUUGAAGGUUCUGGAUCUUGUAACAGUUGACUGCACAAAGACUGAGGAUAUUGCAAAACUCAAAGGUCAUAUUUUAACGUGCAUUCAAUCAGAGAGUGUGUUUGUGUGUUCUGAGAGCAUCUUACCCAAAAGUUACGAAGCAGUGGAACAAUCCAUUCAUUCCCUUUCAAUGAAGAAAAUCCCCAAACAUGGUGUUAUUCUGCUUGAAGAACUGGGUGAUUUAAUUCUGGACCGUGUGAAACUGAGCAGAGAGAGUCUCCAUUCCAUGUUGCGAUUCCUCUUGAGAUAUCUGCAUCGUAUUGGGGUGAUCGUUUGGUACGAAGACAUCAGUGUCCUCAGUGACAGAGUGUUUAUCCAGCCUUCCUUCCUCAUCUCAAUGUUCAAGACUAUUGUGAGACAUGACCUGGUGCAGCAGCUGGACGGGCUAUCCAGAGAUCUUCUCCUGCAGGAAGGGGCCCUGGUGAAACAGAAGUUCACCUGGGUUAGCGACUUGAAGUACAGAGGCAUCCUUCACAAUGCAGCCAUGCGCAUCUUGGUCCGCAGAGAGUUGGAGAAACUGAUUGUGGGUGAUGACGACUUGGUUGGAGAGGUGGUGGGUUCCAAAAGAGAAGAAGGUAUAGUACUCACCCUCCUGCAGCACUUUGAGGUUUGCCUCCCCACUUUGGUCUCAAGCCACCUGAACCCCCAAGCACCAGAGUUCAUUCCUGGUGAGAAGCAGUGGGAGUCACCCAGGGAGGCCAAGAGGGAUCCAGACGGAGCCUGCCUCUUCCCCAUUUACCUGAAGGACGACCUCAUAGUUUGCAACAAGUGGGGGGAGGACAGACAAGAUGACCUCAAUGUCCACGUGUACUUCCUUCCUGAGAUUCCUCACGGCUUCUUCCACAGAGUGAUCAUCAAGACGUGCUCCCUGUACCAGACUCACUGGGUGGGGAGAGAGCAGUGUCUCCUCUGCUGUGGAAACAGGCUGACUCUGGUGAGACAGAAGGAUACAGAUGGAGAUCCGUUUAUAGAGAUACGCUGCAGGAGACCUGAGAAGGGUGAAGAGUUUCGGCAGUCGUGGGAUCUGAUCUUGGCGGUGAUGUCCAAGUUGUUUGUGCUGUCCAAGCAGUGGCCAGGGCUGACUCAGCAGGUGCACACGCCCUGUCCAGAGAGAGGCUGUCCACACUACUUCACCUGGAGGGACUGGCAGGAGCUCAGCAGCACUGACUUCUUCAACAUAGUGAAGGAGGAGAAAUUAGUAUGCCAGGGAGGCCAUACACGACGGUCAGAGCUGAUUUUCCCUAAAGUUCCCAUGUUGAAGUGAGGAGUUCCAUGAAAAUAAACUACAAGAGGAGAAACACAGCACAGCGAGGAUGACUCAGAAUCAAAGACGUCAUGUAACCACAAUAAUUCUGCAGUUGCAACAGUUUAAUAAAUAUCACGCUGAUGAAGAUGUCACUCCUGAGGGCAGGAUGUUUCAUUUCCCAUGUUACGUGUUCUUACUUUUGCUUCUGUUACUCGUACCGCGAGGGGAUGGACAUAAAAAAAUAAGCGAGAGAAAUUAGGAAUUGUUAAAUUGUAUUUAAGUGUCAUAAAGAUUACAUGUUUUGUUUUUCAAUUAAACUCAUGGAUGGUAUUGUGUCUCAGGGCUCUUUGGAUCACUGAAAUCAAUCUCAGACACCUGUGAUAAUUAGUUUGCCAGGUAAGCCAAAUUAAGGAAAAACUACUUAAGAAGGGCGUUCCACAUUAUUAAGCAGAUGACCAUUUCCAAGCAAUAUGGGAAAGAAAAAGGAUCUCUCUGCUGCUGAAAAGCGUGAAAUAGUUCAAUGCCUUGGACAAGGUAUGAAAACCUUAGAUAUUUCACGAAAACUUAAUCGUGAUCAUCCUACUGUUAAGAGAUUUGUGGCUGAUUCAGAGCACACAUGGGGUCGUGCAGAUAAAGGCACAAUGAGGAAGGUUUCUGCCAGACAAAAACAUCAGAUUAAGAGAACAGCUGCUAAAAUGCCAUUACAAAGUAGCAAAAAGAUAUUUGAAGCU